UUUACCAUAAAUAAUGAUAGGGAUCGUCAAGGAAAGAAACAACAUGGAGGGCUUCCAAAAAGAUGUGUCUAUUUACGUAAUACUGCCAGCACUGAGGAGGGCUCAACCCUUCAGUGGACCAAAAUUGAUGAAGCCAUUAUGGAGCGUCUGAGCAUGACUCAACCACGCACUCAUGUCAUGAUCACAGGUGGUGCUCGUAUAACGUCACUUACUGCUGAGGUUGAAGCAGGAGAAGUUUCAAAUGUAAAAUACUUGGCCUCUUGUUACAAGAGAGCCACUGAGGAAUGCAAGAAAUGGAAGGAGAAGGAUCUUGUGGAAAUUGCAGACAGAGCAAAAACACUGGCAUUGUCUUACGCAGGGACUUGUUUGUUAAGCCCAGAGAUGUUCUCUAAAGCUGUUCCUCAGAAGCACUUGUUUCAACUAAUGUUAACUAUGCAAGAAGAUCAAGUAAUAUCAGAGUUCAUAGAUGGCCUUGUUCAGGAGCAUCAAGAAAAAGAUGAUCUGACGAGUAUGUUUUCCCCAGUUCUUGAGAUGUUGGCUGAUAGGUGCAAAGAUAUCUCCUCACUUCUUCAGCCUGACCUCCAUAACUACUUUGAGUUACUGCUAUUCUUUGCAAAGCAUGUUCCUCUAGCUGAGAUCCUGGUGUCAUCAAGAGUCUGGCUUCCUGCCAAGUUGCCAGUAGGUGCUAUUCAAGGCCACACCUUUGAAAAGCAAACUUUGUUAGGAUUCUUUUUGGCAUUGACCAGCAUGUCAAGGGACCCAAGCAAACCAUCUGAAUUCUUCCAACAUCCAACUGAGCAGAGUCAUGUAGAGAUGCAAGCCACUAUGGCCAACUUGCGCAAACACUUUGAUACAUUGUCAGAGAAACUCCACAAGGUUGUCAUGGAGAUCAUGAAAAAAUCAAGUUUUGCAAAACACCAAGUUCUUUACUGGAUUGGAGCAUGUCUCCAUGGAAACAUAACAAGGAAGAAGAUGAUGGCAGAGUUUUUUGCAACCACCCAAGCACAAGAUGGAUUCUUCUUAAAUCUUAGUACUUUGCUCCUGAAAAUGUGCCAGCCAUUUAUGGACCCAUGUUCGCCGAAGCUUCUGAAAAUUAACCCACAAUACUGUGCUGUAAAAGUUAGUUUUGACAGUAUUGAGCAAGAGGGCACUGCAUUACAUGUAGUUGGACUUGAUGGAGAAACACGACUUGUUGUACCUCCAGAUGAAGAGGACAAUACACUCAGGAUUACACCUGGAUUUGGAUUUGUGACAGAGUGUUUUUUCAUGACCCAUCACUGUCUCAACCUGGGUCUUUGGAAAGUCUGUGAGAAAUACAGAAAACUCAUGAAUGAGUUAGCACAAAUGCAACAGGUAUACCAAGAUGCCACUGCACAAGGAUCUGAAGGAGUUUUGAUACAGAGGCUGAAAGUCCAGUUUGAGAACAGCAUUAUUAAACAGCUGUCUCUAAAGACUCAUCUUCUCAAACCCUCCUUAAUUGAACUUGGCCUGAGGUUUUACAUAGCUAGUGCAUCAUGGCUGAAUCAAGUGGCACUAGCUGGAGACAGCUUUGAUGAAAUGACUUCUUUUAAAGAAGUGGAAAUACCUCUUCCAACACAGACUCCUAAAGGACUUUUGUUUGUCCCCGAGUUCAUCGUGGAAAACAUGGCUGACUUUAUAAUUUUUCUAAGACAUUUCAGUGAAGAAACUUUGGAGAGUGCUGGAAAAUCUUUACAUCACCUUGUCACAUUUUUUGUCAUCUACAUGGGGAGUCCAGAACGUGUGCGCAAUCCGCAUCUCAGAGCAAAACUGGCAGAGACUCUUGAGGCAUUGGUUCCUAUCCAGAAAUCCAAGAAUUCAAGUGAACUUUUGUCAGUCCCACAAGCCAAUAUGUUCAACAGACAAAGUGCUUUCCUUCAACACAAUGUUGCACCAGCCUACCUUCCUCAAGCUCUUUUACAACUGUUUGUGGAUAUAGAAUUCACUGGACAUUCCAUGCAGUUUGAGCAGAAAUUUGGUUACCGUCAUCACAUGUAUUCAGUUUUGAAAUUCAUGUGGCAGGAAGAUGAUUACAAAGCUUCCCUGUUAAAGAUGGGUGAAGAGGCUGCUGAUGAAAAGAAGAAGAAAACAGCUAUUCCAUUAUUUCUUCGCUUCCUUAAUCUGUUGAUCAAUGAUUCUAUAUUUCUGCUGGAUGAAGCUCUUCAGUUCAUGGCAGCUCUGAAGAAGCUUCAAGCAGAGAAAGACAGUGGAGAGUGGGAGAGUUUAUCAGAGCAAUCACAACAACAGAAGCAGCAGGAGUUGCAGCACACCAGUGGAAUGGCUCGCAGUCAUAACAUCUUAGCCAAUGAGACUGUCCAUGCACUGAGUUACCUAACAGCUGACAUCAAGCAACCAUUUCUGAUAGGUUGCAUGGUAAGAAGGACUGCUGAUAUGUUAAACUACUUCCUUCUAAGACUGGUUGGACCAAAAAUGGGUGAACUGAAGGUAAAAAAUCUCUCAGAGUUCCAUUUUAAGCCUCAGAUGCUGGUUUCUGAUAUUAGUGACAUAUACCUCAACCUUGGUGAAGAAGACUCCUUCUGCAGGGCAGUUGCCACAGACAAGAGGUCAUACUCACCCAAUUUAUUCAAACAGUCAGAGAGAGUUCUUAAAUUGAUUGGAAGACCAUCUUCAGUAAUCUUUAAACUUAAUGAACUUGCGGAUCGUGUCCAUGAAUUUGCUCAGCAAGACGAAGAAGAUGAUUUGAUAGAGCCACCAGAAGAAUUUCUUGAUCCAAUAACUAACUCACUGAUGACUGACCCUGUGAUUCUAACUACAUCAAAUAACAUCGUGGACAGAUCUACCAUUUGCCGUCAUCUCCUGAGUGAUCAGAAAGAUCCAUUCAACAGGAGCCCUCUUACUCUUGACAUGCUGAAGCCACAUGAUGAGUUACGCACUAAAAUACAUGCAUGGAUGGCAGAAAUGAAAGCUCAAGGGAAACGCUGACGUUAAGUGUCAGUGCAUGGUCCUCCUUGAUAGGCUUCCAUUUCCUUUUGACCUCUGAUUCUGAGUUUGAGUCAGUCAGGGAGGACUGUGUGAAGAUUGAAGAGAAGUUUUUUGGGAUCCUUUUGAUAUUUGGAUGUUCUGCUCAUCUGGGACUAUUGUUGUUAGGACUUACUGUAGUUCUUUUUUUUUUUUUUUUUUUAUGUUUUCUUUUUGCAAGAAUUCAGUUGGUUGUGGGGUGUAAAUUAAAGAGGAGGGCUCUGGUUCUAUGUAACAGGCUUACUUUUUUGGGUACUAAGCUAGCUGAAAUAUUCCAAUACGUUUUCCGAAUCUAAAAAUUUUCAAUCAAGGGUUUCAAAGCCAAUCUUUACCACCUGUAGUUGCUGUUACGGUUUUGGGGUCUAUGAUUAUUACUGGCACCAAUAUAGGCCACAAUGCAAGGUAUUAAUCAAGGUCUUUGGUCUGGGGGAGUCUGUGGAAAGUAUAUCACCUCUCUCUCUCUGUUAAAUAUAAAGCAAAACAACAAAGGAGGCCUCCUGAUGAAAGUUGGAGGCUUGUGUAAGAGUCACCUCCUGGAAGAUCUUGUAAACACCUCUCAUAGUACUUUUCUGUUGGCAGGCUGGUUUUUGCUGGUCAUUGUAAACCUAGAGAGGUUGCAGUGUUACACUACCAUUAUCCAGGCAUAGAAAUUCAUCAGAUUUGUAAAUAUGAAAGAAUAAUAACCCUGAUUUAAGAACUUCUGAUUAUCACCCCACCUUUUUCCUUACAGAAACUUGUUACCCCCAACCCCUCCUCCACCCAUUGGCGGUAUUUUGAGUUAGUUUUUGGCCCUAUUUUGUCCCGCAGAUGUUGAGAUCUUUAAUGGUUACACGAUAAGAAACCAUCAUUGUACUUAUAGACAUGCUCUGUCCUAUUUGUUUGAAUGAUUGCUAUCUGCUAAAAGUUUAUUGCAGAUGGCAGGAUGAGUAAACAAAGGGCACAUUUACUAACAUUGCUCUUUUUGAAAACAUUUUCAGAAACAAUUUUCCAAGGAAAAGUGAAAAAUAGUAUAACGUUAAUGUAAUGUUAAAAAAAAACCCUUUCACCCUUAAAUCUCUCUGGGAAGAAUUUUGAGUUAAAUAUUAUGUAAGAUUUGAUUAUUAAAUGCUAUACUACAUAAAGCGAGCUUGCAUUUAGUAUAAUAAGAAUGUAUAGAAAAACCAAGCUAAAUGGAAAAUGUAAUAAAGAGGCAGAGUUUAAAAAAGAAUAUAGUGUAACUAAUAACUGUAAGCUGUUUUUUAAGAGAAACCCAGGGUGAAAUAAAUGACUAGACUGCUUUUUG